CUCAUAAACACACACAAAAAAUGGCGUUUGCGUUUCUCGUAACGCUACUAUUACUAUCACUUUCUAACGUUCCAUUUUCUUUUUCCAAUGUCCAACAAGACUUCGUGAUGUGUCUCGUCGACAACUCCGACGCUUCGUUUCCAAUGGACUCGUCGUUCUUCACACACGACCUAAACGCUUCUUCCUUCAAAGCAGCUUUAGAGACUUCAGCUCAGAACCUCCGUUACUUGAUGCCUUCGCAACCCAAGCCGGAGUUUAUUUUCGAGCCGCUUUACGAAACGCACGUUCAAGCCGCCGUCGUUUGUGCCAAGAAGCUGAAGCUUCACUUGCGGUUGAGAAGCGGUGGCCAUGACUACGAAGGCCUCUCUUACGUCUCGGAGAUGGAAACGGCGUUUGUGAUCGUUGAUUUGUCGAAGCUUAGACAGAUCAGUGUUGAUUUGGAAAGUAAUAGCGCGUGGGUUCACGCUGGUGCUUCUAUUGGAGAGGUUUAUUACAGGAUCCAAGAGAAAAGCAAAAUCCACGGUUUUCCGGCGGGUUUAUGCACCAGCCUAGGCAUCGGCGGCCAUAUAAUCGGCGGAGCCUAUGGUUCGAUGAUGCGUAAGUAUGGACUCGGAGCUGAUAACGUUCUUGACGCCAGGAUCGUUGACGCAGAAGGCAAAAUCUUGAACCGUGCGGCGAUGGGAGAGGACGUUUUCUGGGCGAUUCGAGGCGGUGGAGGAGGAAGCUUCGGCGUUAUUCUUGCCUGGAAAAUAAAACUCGUUCCGGUGCCUGAGAUCGUUACGGUGUUCACUGUCACGAGGAUGCUUGAGCAAGACGGAACUAAGCUUUUGUACAAGUGGCAACAAGUAGCUGAUAAGCUCGACGAAGAUCUUUUUAUCCGUGUGAUUAUUCAGCCGGCGAGCAAAACUCCGAAGAGCAAAGAGAGAACUAUCUCAACUUCGUACCAAGGCCAGUUUCUUGGAGACUCUGAUCGGUUGUUGCAGGUGAUGCAGAGGAGUUUCCCACAGCUUGGACUAACGAAGAAAGAUUGCUUAGAGACAAGCUGGAUCAAAUCAGUAAUGUACAUUGCGGGUUUCCCAAGCACGGCGCCAUCGGAAGCUCUACUCGAUGGGAAAUCGUUGUUCAAGAAUUACUUCAAAGCCAAGUCAGACUAUGUGGAAGAGCCAAUUCCAGUAGAAGGGUUAGAAGGUUUAUGGGAAAAGUUUCUUGAAGAGGAUUCACCAUUGACUAUAUGGAAUCCUUAUGGUGGAAUGAUGGCGAAAAUCCCCGAGACAGAGACACCUUUCCCACAUAGGAGUGGGACAUUGUUCAAGAUCCAAUGGCUUACUUUGUGGCAAGAUGGGAAAGCGAGCGAAGCGAAGCAUAUGGGGUGGAUGAGGGAAAUGUAUAGCUACAUGGAGCAGUAUGUAUCGAAAAGCCCGAGAGCCGCGUAUGUGAACUAUAGAGAUCUCGAUUUGGGGAUGAAUGGUAAAGGGAGUGAUGCAAGAGAAUGGGGGAGUAAGUACUUUAAGGGUAAUUUUGAGAGGUUGGUGAAGAUUAAAGCUAAGUUUGAUCCAGAGAAUUUCUUCAGACAUGAACAAAGUAUUCCUACGGAAGUUGAGUGAAUUUGGAGUUAGACAACAAUAAGAGUGUGUGGUAUGAGAUUUGUCUUAGGAAAAUAUUGUUACUUCUACUUGCUUUUUUGUGUCUUUUUUUCUUUCUUUAAACAUGGUCAACACACUUGUAUUUCAAAACCGUAAUCCAAUCUAAUUCCUUAUGGGUUCUUCA